UUGCCUCCAACCAGCUUAGGUACUGCAGAGCUGUUUUGCUCUGUCUCUGACGGCUGUUGUAGCCGUUCUCCAGCAGGAUACCAAUCUGAUUUGGUUUCAGUCUCGGGUCGAAAACCUUCUAUGCAACUUCGGUUACUUGAAAUAGUCUGGUCAAUUGCGGAUGGUUCAAAGUGUUCAUGUUCUUCUACAAUAAAUUAUAACUGUAAACCUGUCAAAUAUUUUUCUAGUUUAAAUAAAUUUCUGUGUAGAUCUCCAGGAUUAUGUGUCUGGCAGUACUGA